UGGAGAAGAUCGAAAAACUGAACGACGACGGCUGGAGACGAUUGAAGAGGUUUUUAGCCACAGAGGAAACAUCAGACGGAACAGAGGGAACAAAACGAAGAAGAGCAUGCAACCAAGAGGACGCACCUGAGACGAUGGAGACGGACAUGCUCAAAAGGAUGCAGAGGGCGUUAGAAAAACGAAAGAAAGAAGCGUUUGAGAUGAUUACAAGAAUCGACACUGAAUUGGUAAAACAUGCACUAAUGAAUGUUGGUGAACGAUUUGUGCUUGACAAGGAAGGUACAGGGAAGGUACAAACGCUAGAAAUCGGAAAAACGCGCAUCCAUACGGGAAAGUUUGAGGACCUGAUGAACUUGUGGGAGAAACGGACAACAGGCGACGGACGGGAGGAAGAAGAAGACAGGGAUGAAGAGGAGAAGAUGGAUGCAGAAGGAUCAGGUGAACCGAACGGAGCAGAAGAACGUCAAAUGAACAUGGAGGUGAUGGACACCCAUGAAGAGAAGAAGGACGAAAACGUACGGCGUCCACUGAGAAGCACCCCCAUAGAAUCCAGAAUUGAUUUG